UUAGACGCACAACCCAACUAAGUAAUUAAUUAAUCACCUCCCUAAAGGCUAGCCAUAGCCAUGAAAAGUUACACCUAUUGAUAAUUGAAAACUCAUCGCACAAACAGAGAUCAUGGUUCCGUUUCUUUACUACUGACGGAAUCCCCAAACUAGCUUGGAAUUAUUGGAUAUCCAAAUAAAUUACAUUACUACAAUGAAAUAUAUCCCUACCUUGUUCUUCUUUUAGAUAUAUUGGAUGGGAAAACUAACACCACUUGUUACAAAUAGACUCCCUACAACUGGUACUGGUUGCGCCAUGGGCACAGAGAAGAAGAAACCAAAGACGUCGUAAAAGGAUGAGGUGCUGCUACUCCACUGACUUAAAUUGUAUACAACAUUCACUUCUUCCGGAAGCGGUUUAGUCUUUAGUGUUCCAAGCUGCUCAAGUGAAGUUUCAUUCCAAAUAUACAUAAUGCUUUCAGCUGCAUAAUAAGAGUAGCAAUGUUCAUAUGGUUUUGUUAGCACAAAAUGCGGAUGAUCAUGGAUUCUGAUACCCACCACACAUUCUAUCCAUCAUGACCCUUUCUUGGCUUUUUCUCUCCCGGACUAGGCUUGCAAAACAAAAAACAAAAAAAAGGAGAUUAGAUGUAGAACUGCAAUCUCAUUAGCCUAAACAAAUCCCCUAUUAGCCAGCCAACUAUACACAAUUCAUUGUUGGAGUCUGAACUCCCUGUGGCAGUAUAACUACUUUUCCCUUACCCUUUCUACUGCCUGCUCUUUCUGUGUUUCCCUUUAUAAUAUACAAAAAAGCUUGGAGUUGGAGUCUUCUUCAUUGUUUCUCACUUUCUUCUCAUUGUAUCCCAGUUUUGGUUUGAUUCAAGAAGGAACAGUUGCCAUGUGGUGAAUUCAGAUGUCAGCACAUGGCUUCUUCCCAAAUAUCCAUGCACCCCUUAAACCCCACUACUUGCUACUGUCACCCAAUGCAGAGAGAGAUACCAGCUGUUUUGGGUUUCCUAGGAAAAUCCCCCUUCCACGUUUCCUUUUUUUUUUUUUUUAAUGUCCAAUCCCAUGCAUAAACAACAAGCAACAAGGAAUUGUAGGACAUCUCAGCUAAUCUCAUAUUGAUUAAUCUGGGUUUAUGAUAUCACUUUGCUCACCAUUUCACAGACUCACACUUCCCAAGCUUCAUCCAAAAGCCAAAAUCUCAUAAAGAAACCACCGCUCAUCAAACCCCCUCCAAUUUCCUUCUUCUUCUUCUUCAACUAGUUAAGGCUACUACAUCUAUCUUGCCUUCUUUUUCUCUGGGUCUGCCCCAAAAGGGGGAACUAAGGAGACGGUACUUGUGCAUUCUUACUGAUCUCAUCUUCCCCGUAAUAGUACCUCUACAUCUCAAUAUCUCGUCUUCCAUCUCUAUCCAUCCUCACCCACCACCACUGUAGCUUAGAUUACGCCAUAACUUACUACUCUUCGUUUCAAGUUUGAUCAGCCCUAGAAAAAAAUUGAAGAGAAGAUGAGUUCCUGCAGAACCCACAUUUGCACUAUCUCUUUCUUCUCUCCACUUCCCCUGAUCCUAUCCACCAUCCUUGGCUAUGGAUUCUCAGCUCACAUCUUCCUCGUUGCGCUAGCACUCCUGCUUUUCCCCAGAUUGAAACUUGGCACACCACAACAUACCCCGAUUAUAGUGAAAGCCCUAGUUCAGGAAACCCUAGAAUCCGAAGCUAUUCAGCAGGAAAAAUCAAAGCAAGAGGAAGAGGAAGAGGAAGAAGCGAGGAGGAGAGAGCUGACCGAUGGCGAGUGCAAAGGGAGGCUGUCGUCGACGAGCGAGGAAUCGGAGGUGGACUACUGGCCGUUUCAGGGGAACAUGUUCCAGAGCCCGGAUUUCUUGGAUGGAGGAUACAUCUCCGACGAGGAGAGCUUGAUCGAGAUUGCGCUUCCCGGCGGGGAAUUCGUCAUCCGAUCAAGCUGCAAAGACCACCACCGUCAAUUCGCGAUUGCAAGCUCGUUCUGCAAGCAGAGCUUGAUGAUCGAAGAGGACAACUUGAUCGAGAUUGACCUUUCGAUGGGCUCAAUUAAGUGCCCUACUAGGUUUGAGAUACAAGCUUAAUAAUUGCUUGCUUUGCUUAAACCCUUCAAUCCAAAUUUUCCUCACGAACCGGCCCGCGGCUAUUAACCUUUUUUUUUUAAUCCUUUUUCAGGAUUUGGGUUACACUUUAAUUUUGGGAAUAUAGGGGGGUACUGGCUAGUGGUGGCUACUGGUUGUACUAUUUUUUUUUUUUUUUUUUUUUGCUACAUAGUACUUGAUUUAAAUACUAAAUUUAUAUCUUUCUUUUUGUUUUGACCAUCAUACGAUGAGAUCACUAUUUGUGAAAUCGCACAAUCACAAAUCAGUUGUAUGUUGGUUUAUUUGCUCAUCAUAAAUGUUCCGUAUGUUA